AUGGCCCAAUCUUCGGGCGUGUUGCUUCACAACCGCUACUGGCUCUGCGAGGUGCUUGGUCUCGGCGCCACAGCCCUUGUUCGCAAGGCCCUCGACAUGAAUUGCAGUACUGUUGUGGCGCUCAAGUUUUUUCAUCGCGGUUGUGAGCACAGUUACGCUCGUGAGCUGGCAGCCCUGCAGGAGCUCACGGAUGCCCCCCACGUUGCACGUUUGCUGGAUCACUUUUCCACUUCUUCAGGCCAAUACGUUCUGGUAUUGACCUUUAUGCCCGGUGGUUCUUUGUACGACCGAAUCCGUCCGUCUACCACGGCUCUCAUAACCAUGGCUGACAUUCGGCGGUGGUUACAUCAGCUGUGCCUGGCUGCUCUGCAGUUUGAGCAGCGUCAACUCGUGCAUGGUGACAUUAAACCCGAAAACUGCCUCAUUGAUGAACAGGGCAACCUUGUGCUACACGAUCUUGGCACAACGGUGGCCCGCCACUCACAAUGCGCCGCAGAGACGCCAGGAACCCACCUAUACCUGGCUCCCGAAGCCCUCGCCUGCUCACACAAUAACAGCGCUCAAGAUGCUUGGGCGAUAGGCUUGGUCUUGUAUGCAUCGCUGUUUGCCGAUCUUCCAUGGCCACGUGCCGACAACGGCUGCCCAUCCUUUUAUAACUACCGGAUGACGGGCCGGCUUCCACUCAGCGAUGCACAAAUGACCAUGAUGAGCCCGGCGCUGCGGCCAGUGCUAUGGCACCUGCUUGCUCCAGAUCCAGAGCAACGCAUGUCCUUGCAAGCUGCCGCCGCCUUCUUUGCAGCCGAUUGCAAUUGGUUUGCACCCACCUCUCUCUCGGGCGUCAUGGUGGCCAUGCAGCCCUCUCGUCGUGUCUUGGUUCAACAAAGCGACGAUGCCCCUCAGGAGCGUCAUGCAAGCCUGGGUACCCACGCAACAAGGGCGUCUUCAAUUGCGAGUCCCCCAGACUCGCCCGCUUUGACCAUGGAGCCACGGCACCCAGCCUUAGCCCGUGUUCAAGCCCUCAGCGCGCAAAGGUCGGCCAGCACGCUAAGUUCGACCGCACAGCCAAUACCUGGCCUUCCCGUAUGGUCCUGGAGUGAUGCGCCUCCUGACAAAGCCUCCCACAAUACGCUCAAUGGGUCUGAACCAGUCGAGAGGAUAAAGCCGCCCCCGCAAACUGAUGCACAACCCUUGUUGAAGCGCACAGUCUCCAGCUUGAGUUGUGCACAUUCCACUUCACCCCAAGAAGUACACCUUGGAUGCGAACCCACACCUGAACUUGAUCUCAAACAGGAACCAGAACAACCCCUAAAACACCUUCUUGAACCACAGUCUGAGCCCAAGCCCAAAUUCAAACUUGAAGCUGAGCCUGAACCCCACUCAGCCACUUGGUCGGCCUUACGAAAACUGAGUGGGGAUCCAGAAUGA